AUGACAUCGGACCCUAGAAAAGGGUCAACUCACGGGGAGACUGAAUCUUUUUUGGAAAUUUUACUCUCAAGUAACAUUAGACCCCAUCACGAAUUGUCAGUAGGAGAUGCACGAACUCAAUUUGAUAGAUUAGUGUUGCAAGAAUUAGAAAGAGUCAAUAUCGAUUUUGAGGGAAUUACUAAAGAACUGACUGUCCCUUCAGUAGAUACAAAAGAUGGCAUACCAAUCAUUGUGUAUAUCCCUACAAAGCUUCCUGUCAGCCCACCAAUUCUUGUCUAUUUUCAUGGUGGAGGGUUCACCAUGGGAUCAUGUGUACAUGUUGAGGAUACUUGCAAAAUCUUAGCAACGGGUGCGGAGUGUUGUGUGGUUAAUGUUGACUACAGACUUGCCCCAGAAAAUAAGUUCCCUGCAUGUUAUAAUGAUGCAAAGGCUGUGAUGCGUUGGGUGAUGAUGAACAAGUCUCUAGUUGGUGGAAUACAUCGUAGCAUAGUUGGAGUUGCAGGCGACAGUUCAGGGGCCAAUAUAGCUGCAACAGUUUGUCAUGAAGUUCCAGGAAUUUCAUUUCAGAUUCUUGCCUAUCCUUUGGUAGAUCUGACAUGCAGUACUGAAUCCUUUAAAACUUAUGCAGAUGGACCAUUUUUGACCAAAGAAGCUACUGAAAAAUUUAUUGAACAAUUUCUUAAUAAUGAAAAUGAAUGUUACAAUCCCCGUGCUUCUCCUUUAUUUCAAAAAUCAUUUGAUGGAAUUCCACCUGCUUUAUUCAUUGUUGCUGAAUUUGAUCCUGUUCGAGAUGAUUGCCAUGAAUAUGGUAAGAGGAUUCGAGAGAAUGGAAUUAAAUCAAAGUCCCUCCUUGUUCGUGGAACUAUUCAUGGAUUUUUCACUUUACCUGGACACUUCCAAAAAUCAUGCCAGCAAGCAUAUGAAGAAGUGAUUUAUUUCAUCAAAGCUCAAUUAUAA